GCUUUCUGAGGGCUUCGAGGAGGGGAAAGCGAGGAGAAGGCGCCGCAACAGAGCUAGGCCGCCCCUCCCCCCCCAAAAAAACCCUCCGCUCGGGCCGCGCCACCGGCUGGAGGGUUCGCGGGGAGAGAGAGGCUUCGUCCGGGCAUUGACUGGUCAGUGAGGCGUGGCAGGAAUGUUCCACCCACUUCAAUGGAGGCCGCCCUCCAGCUUUUAUUCCCUUUAUGCGAACUCAUCCCGCUUCAUCAGCUAUGAAGGGAAACCACGGAACGUGUGGUGGAACGAGGACUUCCUGAAGGGCAAGUACCAGUGGCUGCUUACGUGGCUUCGGAAAGGCUCCGAGCAAGACCCGGGGCAGAAGAGCCUAUUAUCCCUGCUGGCCAAUCAGUGCAGUUACGUGACCAGCCAGAGGAUCAGGCGUGCUCAGCAAAUCGCUCAGCUGUACAGUAACAUUUACUCCGAGAGGGCGCGCAAGAAUCUCUUCUCUUCCUUGUGGCGUCGGUUCCAGGGUCAUCAUGCCAACGCCUGCAAGCUGAUGGCAGCCCUCACCGGAGUGUUCCUGUGGGAAGAGGAGAGGAUCAAAGAAGAAGAGCUGAAGAGGUCUGUGCAAGAAAUGAAACACAUGCAAGAAAUCUCGAGGUUCUUCCCGAGCAGUGUGGAAGAAAACCAGGAGCAGGAGCUGGAGCCAAGCACCUACCAAAGUGUCUCGUCUGAUCCUGAAGAUCAGAGUUGGGAAAUGGUGGUCAACAAGAAGCACUUCAAACUAUGGAGGCGUCCGGUUGGCGGGGGUCAUGUGUACCAGUAUCGAGUCUUUGGAACGUACACAGAUGUGACACCAAGACAGUUUUUCAAUGUGCAGCUGGAUACGGAAUACCGGAAGAAAUGGGACUCCCUAGUGAUCAAACUGGAAGUGAUUGAGAGAGAUCGGGACACGGGCUCAGAGGUGGUGCACUGGGUAACUCACUUUCCGUACCCAAUGUAUUCACGGGAUUACGUUUACGUUCGACGGUAUGAUGUGGACCAGGAGAACAAUCUGAUGGUGCUGGUGUCACGAGCGGUAGAACACCCAGGUGUCCCAGAAGAUCCGGAAUUUGUCCGUGUCCGAACCUACGAGUCACAAAUGGUUAUCCAUCCUCACAAAUCAUUUGAUGAGAAUGGCUUUGACUACUUGCUCACAUACAGUGACAACCCACAAACUGUAUUUCCUCGAUACUGUGUCAGCUGGAUGGUUUCCAGUGGCAUGCCGGACUUCUUGGAGAAGCUGCACUCGGCGGCGCUGAAGGCAAGGAACAUGGAAAUCGUUUUGAAAGACUAUAUCUCCGCUUCCAAAUCCUGGGACAGCGGGGGCGAGAAGAGCAACGGGGAAGGGAAGGCCAGCAUGCCCAGCCAAGACCAUAAGAAUGAAGGAGCCUGCAGCCCUAUUCAGAUAGACUAUGCUUAAAAGGAGAGAGGGGCUUGGUUUGCAACGUCGCCAGCCCCACACGCCUCUUGCUCCAGGCUGUGAAAAAGAAAGAAAAAGGAAAAAAAAAAAAAACGCGCCACGGAGAAGGAUGCCUUUGGGAUCUCCAUCACCUCCGCCUGCGCCUGCGCCUGUCCUCCUCCUCUUCCUCUUCCUCCCCCUUCUUCUCUGCCACGUCUCCUCCUUGAAAGAAAGCAACACCGUCAGCCCUGGGGAAACCGGGCUCGGCCAUCUUGAAAAACAGUUUUGUGCGGCCACUUCUGCGUCGUGAUCUUAUUUUGCUCGUCACCCUGGGGUGGGCGGUGGGAUUUACUGGAGAAAAACCGCUACGUUCUUGGGUGGUGGGUCUCCUUUCUUCCUACCCCAAUACUGGAGACCCCCCUGCAAGCCAUUUGGAGAGAGGCUGGUCCUUGCCUCUUCUCUCUCCCGUAGAGAUGAAUCGCGUGGAGGCCGCCGCAGCCUGGUGUGAGACAAGCCACCCAACCGUUUACAGCCCCACUGCUGGCUCCUGCAACCUCCUGGAGGCUCCAGGGCUGCUCCUUUGGCUUCCUGUGUCUGCGUCUCUCUCUUCAAUCUUCUGCUCUGCGUACAGAGGGGCUGCUUUGCUGCCAAAGUGCCUUCUUUUCCCGCCGAGGCACAACGGAAUGGCACCUCUUUUGGCCACUGGAAUUGGGCGGCAGACCUGCCGAGAGUCCCUUUGGCGUUAUGGUCCAGGCUGUUCCCCCUUUCGUGACGUCUCUGUCUGCAGAGCGAAGGAGAGGCCCCCACGUCCUCCUGCCGCUUUAAAUCUCUCCCCCUUUUAGAACUGGCCACCUUCUUUCCUCAACAAGAUGUGAUUACUUGUCGUCCGCAAAAAGUGCUAACGCCACAGUCCCAUCUCUUGAAUUGGGGGCACAACCGUUUAAAGCAACAUGUCUUCGUACGUGUGGACCCGAGUUGUCCCUUCGCCAGGUUGGGCGAGGUGGAGGGUCCUGCUUGGGGAUAGGCCCAGCUAGCCAGUUUCCUGGGUGGCCAGAGUAAGAAAAGAGUAAGGGAGGGUACAGUUUUUCCCCCUUGGGGGGAUUCGUACGAGUGCCAGAAUGCACGGCAUAACUAUACAUGGGACAGGGGAGAACUCCCAAAACUCCUUUGCCUCUUUGGUGUAAGAUUAGGAGGGGGCUGGGGAACGGCCUAUAACAGAGCUGCUUCAUUUGGGGGGGCAGGAAAGUGGUUAACCAUAAAGCCUGUUCCUUUCCAAAGGGGUUUUGGAGCCUCUUUUUCAACCCUGGCACCCCGGAGAUGGUGGGAAGCAAAGCUGGGAUAACCUCCAGUUCGUGAACCCUUGCUUCAAGUUGAUUUUAUACCACACGCUCAAAACGUACUAAUAUCAGGGGUCUCCCAACACUCGGCAACUUUAAUAAGGCUUGUGGACUUCAACUCCUAGAAUUCCCCUCCUCUCCUCCAGCCAGCCAAUUCUGGGAGUCGAAGUCCACAAGUCUUAAAAGUUGCCACAUUUGGAGACCCCCCUCUACCAAUGGACUGAAUUUCAGUCCCAACUUCCCAAGGGUGCCUUACUUAACGAUUGGCAAGCGGACCAGACGGGAUCCCUCGUGCACCUUGCUCUCUAGCUGCCGGGAUCCUAAGUCCUGUGUAAAGCACGGAACACUUAACGUGUGUUUUCCGAGCCCAAGUAUGCUGGGGCAAGUGCUUCCCACGGGAGGAGCUUUUCCCAAAAUGGGUCGUUGGCAGCUCCAUGGUGCUGAGGCAGCAAGAGGUUUUGUCUGCCAGUUUCCCCCCACGACCCCCAAAAAGAGGUUAAAUACUAUUGCAAAUAUAUAUAUAUGUAGGUCUUUGGUUAUUCGGGUUUUCUCCCGCGUAAAAUUGGAGGUGUCUUGGCGACGUUUCGACGAAGUCUCAUUCGUCAUCUUCAGGCUGGUGUUUUCGCUUCGUGCUUCUAGGAGCAAUGUGUGUGAUCGCAGUGUGCAAUCGCUCCUAGAAGCACGAAGCCGAAAACACCAGCCUGAAGAUGACGAAUAUAUAUAUAUAUAAUGAUAGCCUCCCGUUCUGUUCUGCUUUGUGCAUUUCUGCAUGUGAUCUUUAAAACGAAAAGAAGAAGAAAGAAUGGCAGGAAAUGGGAAGUAGAGGCCGGUGUUUUUAAGAUUUGGGGACUUCAACUCCCAGCAUUCCCUAACCAGCACACUGCCUGGGGAACUCUGGGAGUCGAAGUCCCCUUAUGUGGAAAUGGGUUGGAAAGACAUUCUUGAUACAGGCUGACUUAACGAGAGCUGCUCAUCAGGGAUGGGCAGGACUUUGGUGUGGGAGUAGCGGUCAGGAAAUAACCGUGUGCAUGGGGAUUGGGACCGUCUUAAUAUAACGGCUGAGUGAUUUGUGUGUUUUUAUUUCAACUAAUGUUUUUAAUGAGAACCAAACAUCAAUAAAUGUAACUCAUUGGUGCUCUCUUCUAA